AUGAGUGCAGAGCCACCCGUUCCCGCUUUUGAAGAGACUAACUUCGCUCGCCAAAAAGACAUAGACCCUAUGACUGCCUCUGACACCCCGCACCCCGUCCUUGGACAUUACCGACUUCGGCUUACAGACAAUCAAGUGGUUACCAUAGCGGGUGGACUUGCCGGGUUUUUGUCUGGCGUUGUUGUCUGUCCAUUGGACGUCACAAAAACCCGUCUUCAGGCUCAAGGAUCAUAUCUUAGAAAUCUUGAAGACGAGGUCAAGAUCAAUAAUUUUGAGAAACGCAGAUACACAGGAAUAUUAAGAACUUUAGGAACCAUUUGGCAUGAGGAAGGAAUACGUGGACUAUAUAGAGGCCUGGUGCCCAUCACGUUUGGCUACUUUCCUACAUGGAUGAUCUACUUCUCGUGUUACGAAAAGUUCAAAAAGAUGUAUUCAUAUAUUAUUAAAGACGACACUAUAGGCUAUUUUGCCAGUGCCAUUUCUUCCGGCGCCAUAUCUACCACCGUCACAAAUCCAAUAUGGGUGGUAAAAACGAGAUUGAUGUUGCAGAUGAACAAAGGAAGAACUAUAUACGACAGAUUCGGUGACACUGUCGGUGCAGCUGCUACGCCCGGCGGCAUCAAACGAGAAUACUACAAUGGAACUAUAGACGCAUUUGUGAAGAUGUAUCACAGCGAGGGAGCGCGCUCGUUUUAUAGAGGACUUCUGCCGUCAUAUUUCGGACUUAUUCAUGUUGCCAUUCAAUUCCCAUUAUACGAGAACUUCAAGAAGGUGCUUCAGGUUCAUGGCGACACCUUCGACGGAAAAACCAUGAAUUUCGAUCAAUUUUGCAGAUUGGUUCUAUCGUCAUCAUUAUCCAAGAUAUUGGCUUCCGGCGUCACUUACCCGCACGAGAUAUUGCGCACAAGACUGCAAAUCGUCAAUAGCGACUCGACCAAGCCUAGUGCUGGAUUGCUGAAAACUCUUUUGUCAAUCUACAAGAACGAAGGAAUUCCCGGGUUUUAUUCAGGAUUCCUUGUUAAUCUCGCAAGAACGCUUCCUGCCAGCGCGGUCACGCUUGUUUCUUUCGAGUUCUUCAAGAGUUACUUGCAAGCUACAACUAGAUAG